AUGUAUCCGUUCGGCAGCCCCUACAAUGCCCUUUUACAGCCCGCUUAUGAUCAAUCCACCCACGUACCAGGCUGCCAAUGCGACCCCUGCAAAUACCGCUUCUAUCAGUAUACUCAGCAACAGGAGCAACUGCAGAACGCCAAAGCAUCUCAAGAAGCCAGAAACGCUCAGCUCAAGCUGCUGGACGAUAUGGUCAAACAGGCCAAAGUCGAGAGGGAAGCCAAAGAACAGCGUGAACAGGAGAAGUUGCUGAAGGAGGCGAAGGAGCGUCUGGAGCACAUCGAACUCGGCAAGAAGCAGCAGGAAGAGGACGAAAAGAGAGGCAAGAAGAUCAAAGAAGAGGAGGCACGGCGCAAGGACCGGAGAGAGCGUCACGCUCGGAGUGACAGCCACCACUACUACGGGCCAGUGACAAUGUCCAUACGCAAAGUGAAAUGCGGGCUCGAACGCCCAAGCUGUGAGCGAUGUAUCAGCACCGGCCGCAAAUGUGAUGGCUACCAACAAAUGCCGUCUCACCAGCCACAGCCACAAAGAGCCCUCGACACGCCCUCAGACCUUGGCCGAACGCAAUGCGAGAAGCUAUGUCUCGACUUCUACUAUAGUGUGUCAGCGCCCACCUAUGUAAACUUCGGCAGUCAUUACUUCUGGAACAGCCUCGUCAUUCAAGCAUGCUACCAUCAAGACGCAAUCCGUCACCUUGUGAUCGCAUCCACAUCUUUGGACCUUGCAACUCAGAAACGAAUGGCGGAGGAGAAAGCUAGGGAGGCCUUCGCGAUACACUAUGGCAUAGCGCUACGGUUGCUGUCAUCGGCGAAAGAGCCGGAGCCAGAGAUCAUGCUGAUGGCGUGUUUAUUGUUCAUCCUCUGCGACGAGUACAACAACGACCCUUCUGGCGUGCGGACGCACCUGACGGCUGGUAAACGGAUACUUAGGGGACUUGCGAGCAAGAAUUCUGCACACAUGAAAGACUCCCUGAGUGAGCUCGCACCAAUAUUCACGCGCUUCGAGGAUCAGUCGGAUCAGUUCGAGAUAAGUCCCAGGUCCGAGGCUGUACUGAAUGAAACAGACAGCACUUUCUGGUCCAGAUACUCGAAGCCAGUCUUCAAGCCUGGACCUGCUCGAGGUUCGGUGUUCAUGGGGUACUCGUCGAUGGCAAUCGCCACUCACUGCCUGCAGAAGCUGGCUCCGUCAUGCUUCGCUCCGGCUAAUGAGCGGGCAUAUCAGCACGUGCCUAGAUCGCGGUUCCAUGUUGUGCCAUCGGUAACGUCUCAGCUGGACCAGUGGCUUACCUAUUUCCGAAAGUUCGUCAGCAACAUGUCGUCAGCGGAAUACGACAGGAAGAUCAACGAGAUCAACACACUCUUUGCAACGCAGAUAUGUCUGGAUAUCAUGUCCCGCUGUGCACCAUAUCUCCGAGAAGACAUCUACGACUUACACGAAGCGCGAUUCAAGAUCGCCUUCGACAAGUUGUCUUUCGUCCUCAACGAGACCACACCGGAGGCUCUCAAAGAGCGAGCAGUCUGCCCGCUUUACUUCAUCGCAGCGCAUUGCCGCACGCCCCUCAUCCGCAGACGCGCUACCGAAUGGCUUAAGCUAUGCGGCUGGACAGGGAUUCGAAUGGCGACAAUCGCCCAGCAGAUCAUCAACAUGGAGGAAAGAAUAGACUGGACCUCCUCAGCCACAGAUGUGCCGGCCGAGCGCAGAGUGCAAGUCCUGGACGUUUCGUUCUCUGCUGCGAAAGCUGAUGUGCAACCGCUAACGUUGAUCGAGAAAGGUGCUGGGCGCGACUCAGUCUGUGUAAUGAGCUACGCAAAGAAGCCUUGGGAUGGGAGUAACAACGAUGUACAUAUCUUCAGAUGGGCAGACCUGCCGGCGUCAGACGAGGCGCUGCAUGCUUCGGUGCGACAGUUGUUGGGCCGGGUGGCUAGGUUUGAGCUCAUAGCGGCUGGAUCGCACGACUCGGGCACAUCCUCUGCCGCAACGUGA